AGAAAUCACCAACGAGAGGAAUAACAAAAAGAAAGAACAACCAACAAAAUGAAGACAUAUAUGAUAAUCUUGUUGGUGAUUUUAAGCAUCUUGAUUGCAGGAAGAGUUGAGGCUAACGAACGUAAGAAGAAAUAUCUUAAUCCAGGUGUAAUCAACCGAUGCUUACGUCCUAAUCCUCCACCAGAAUGUCAUCAAAAUAAACAUAUACCUCGUACCCCGGCUAACAAAUACAGACGUGGUUGCACCAAGAUCAACCGAUGUCGCCGAGACCCAUAAUAAUGGAUAUCCUAAGCAUGAGAGAUCUAAUGACAUAUUUUUCAUGUAACAUAUGCUACCAAGCUUAAGUCAUGUUAUGCAUGGUGUUGUAUGUGUUGCCAAAAAAAUUCACAUGAUUGAUCUUCUUCAGUAUUGGUGAUGGUCACGGGGGUUUGAAUUUGAUAAAUUCAUGUCAUCUAGUAACUAUUUUUUUUACGAAGCCAAAUAAUAAUCUGGUGUAUAGAAAAUAUACAUGAUGGGUUCUAUUCUUUUCAACCAAAAUAUGUAUAAUGGGCUCAACCAUGUAUAAAUUCUUUUAUACAUGAAAAAAAAAAAAAUU